AUGCACAAACUGAAUAAGCUUGUGUUAUCUGAAAAGCAGGGACACAGUGGCCAAAGCGGACUUAGACGAAUCAUCGCGGUUGACACAGGUCACUCUCCGCCUGCGCUGCCCCUCGCGCUGGCAAAUGCGCCGCCCGCCGCGCUCGCAAAUGCGCCGGAUGCAGCGCUUGCAAGUGCGCCAUCCGCCCUCCUAGCGCUUGCAAGUGCGCAGCCCACUGCGCUAGCAAGUGCGCCGGCCCUCGCGCUCGCAAGUGCGCUCUCCGCCGCGCUCGCCAUUCGAAGACGCUGGACAGCCCGCCAUGUCGUCGACCGCGAUCAACUCCAGCGGAGCGUAUCGAGGAGCUCGACCUGGUCCAUGCAGGAUAACACUCCUCAGCACCAUAACUACGGCACCUCGUACUUCCCACCGCAGGCAUCCCGCACGCACUCGCCGACGCCCCGCCGUGUCGGCCAACCAUCGUUUCCUAGGAGCGCAUCGCAUAGUUCCACACGACGCGGAUUGCCCAGGAGCGCCAGCGUCACGAAGCUGCGUCACGAGGGGAGUGGUUUGCUCAGCGAGGCGGAGGAGGACGACGAAGCCGACCGUGCAGGCUCUUCAAGCGCCGAGCGCGAAGAGGACCCGAUCACGCUGAGGGUCCUCGCCCUCAAACGCCCGCACCGCCAUCCAUCGCCGAGCACCGAGCACGAGCCGCCAACGCGGUCGGGCUCGGUGUCGCCCCCCUCCUUCGCGCCACCCCCGCCCAGCGCGAGCCGCCAGCGCGGUCUCGCUCGGCGCUGCUUCCACUCCCUGCACCGACCGUUGGCCCAGCGCCGAGCCAUCCUCUCUCGCGCACCCCUUCAACUAGCCCCAAGCAGGAGCCGCCAACGCGGUCGUGUUCGGCCUUGCCUCCCCUGGCCCCUCGUUGGCCCAACACCGAGCGCGAGCCGCAAACGUGAUCGGUCGGUUGCUCGUGCUCGGCGUCCCUGGUAUGCCCCCUUUGACAUCCUCGACACACCCACCUUGCCUCGGCCGCACUAAAAUGUCUUGCCCUAAGUAGUUCCUAGAUUGUUAGAGGUGCUUCGUAGUAGUAAUGAAUUGUGUAUGUAGUCUUUAUGAACUAUGCUUGUUCC